UAUUAAUGAGUGCCCAUUUUCUUAUCAGUUCAAUAAAAUAUUGAGCUUCUAAAAAAAGAAAUUUACUAAGCUUUCCUCUUCAAACAUUUCCUUACUAUAUAAACAUGAAGCAUGUAUUUCCAUAAUAUCAUAUAUAUAAGAUCAUUUCCUUUCUCAGAUAUAUGGAGACACAACACUUCCCUUUCAUUUUCAUUUCACUCUUGAUAUUCCUUUCUUUCAUCUUUCGAUUUGUUCUGAUACGGAAGAAUUCAAGAAUCGUUACCAAAAGAUUGCCUCCAGGGCCAUGGAGUCUACCUUUAAUCGGGAACUUGCACCAAUUAAUGAAUGGUCGCCUUCCAAUACAUCAUACUCUCAGAAGUCUAUCGCAAAGAUAUGGACCGAUCUUUCACUUAUGUCUUGGCGAAAUAUCGAUUAUUGUUGUAUCUUCACCUGAGAUGGCAAAAGAAAUUAUGAAAACUCAAGACCUUCGCUUUGCUACUAGGCCUGAAUUUAUGUCUGGAGAUAUUAUUUUCUACAAUUAUACAGACAUUGGAACUUGUCCAUAUGGUGAAUACUGGAGAAAUAUGCGCAAAGUGUGUGUCCUGGAACUUCUUAGUGCAAAGAUGGUCAAGUCAUUUAAUUCAAUUCGACAAGAAGAGAUGUCAAGUCUCAUUUCAUCGAUUAAUUCAACUCCUGAUGACUCAUUGAUCAACUUAUCAGACAAAAUGUUUUGGUUUACAAGUUCUGUAACUUGUAGAUCAGCUUUCGGGAAAGUGAUUCAUGAUCAAGAUAAGUUGAUAAUGUUGGUGAAAGACGUAACAUUAUUAGCUGGUGGAUUUGACUUGGCUGAUUUGUUCCCUUCCCGAAAAUGGCUUCACGAGAUCAGUGGAUUGAAGUCCAAAAUGUUGAAAGUUCACACAAAAAUAGAUGUAAUUUUGGAGAAUAUCAUUAAUGAGCAUCGGAAUAAUCGAAAAAUUGGUAAGAAGGGCAAUGGUGAGUCUGGAGGUGAAGAUUUGAUAGAUGUUCUACUACGAGUCAUGGAGAGUGGCGAAUUGGGAACUCCAAUCACAAAUAAGAAUAUCAAAGGUGUUAUUUUCGACAUGUUCUUAGCAGGAGCAGAAACCUCAUCUACAACAAUUAUUUGGGCAUUGGCUGAAAUGAUAAGAAAUCCAAAUGUUAUGGCUAAAGCACAACUUGAAGUUAGAGAAGUCCUAAAAGGAAAGAGAACAUUUGAGGAUUCUGAUAUAGAAGAGUUGAAGUAUCUAAAAUUAGUGAUUAAAGAAACAUUAAGGUUGCACCCUCCUAUUCCUCUAUUACUCCCAAGAGAAUGCAGAGAAGAAACAAAAAUUGAACAAUACACAAUACCUAUCAAAACUAGAGUCCUAGUGAAUGCUUGGGCCAUUGGAAGAGAUACUAGAUAUUGGCAUGAUUCAGAAAGUUUUAUACCUGAGAGAUUUGAGAAUAAUUCUAUUGAUUUCAAAGGAAAUCACUUUGAAUUUAUUCCGUUUGGUGCAGGACGAAGAAUGUGUCCAGGUUUAUUAUUCGGUUUAGUUAAUGUAGGACAUCCUUUAGCUCAAUUGCUUUAUCACUUCGAUUGGAAGACUCUUCCUGGGAUAAGUUCAGAUAGUUUCGACAUGACUGAAACAGAUGGAGUAACUGCCGGAAGAAAGGAUGAUCUUUGUUUAAUUGCUACUCCUUUUGGUCUCAAUUAACAAUAUAAAUAGACUUAAGAACAUUGUUUGGAGUGUGCACAUUUCACUAGUUACUACUUGUUUAUGUUGUGAUGAAUAAGAAGAUAAUGGUCUUUAUUUUACAAUAACUUGUUUAU